ACGCGGCUUUCCAUAAUCAGAAUUAUGUAGCUGUUGUGAUUGAGAUUUUUGCACUGAAUUCAUUUUCCGUAUUUUCUAUUUUGGUAAAGUAGACAACACAUUCUGCACGUGCUGGAAGAUAAAAACAACGAUCGAAAAUAACAAGAACAGAUGAGGAUAAAAUUAAUGGUAGUAUGUGAAUGCAGAUGGUCGAUUUUUCUUUGACGAAGACUGGCCUGCCAAGAGUACGGUACCGGUAGUCCAACUCCAAGUUGAGCUGUGCAGCGAGUGGCGCCUAUGCUACGGACCACAAACCCUUCUAAUCGCAUCGGAGUCGGUUCGGCGCAACAGCGUAGGCGUGGGCCGUAGCAAGUGCAUGGUGGACGUGGCCGUGGACCGUAAUUACUUACUUCAGAAGUUUAACCAGUUCUUGAUCAAUGGCAGAAUUCAGGAUCAAAACAAAUGAUCGAAAAUAUGAGGGAUUAGGAGACAAUGAGAAGGAGUGGAAGGGUCCAUUUUGUUUCAUCCAGGGAGCAGAUCCCCAGUAUGGUAUGAUGGAUGAUAUGGCUAAUAAGACACCCAUCACCUGGAAGGCUGAGAUUGAACUUACAAGGAAAGCUGUUGCAGCCAUCAAUAAGAUGAAACCUAAACCAAAGUUCUUUGUGGUGUGUGGGGAUCUAGUUCAUGCUUUUCCUGGGGAUGCUCAGAAAGAAGAACAAGAAGCUGAUUUCUUGAGAGAGUUUGCCAAGGUGGAUCCCAGUAUACCCUUAGUCUGUGUCUGUGGCAAUCAUGAUGUAGGAAAUACUCCAACUAGAAAAUCUAUACAACACUUCAGGAACAAAUUUGGUGAUGACUAUUUUGGAUUUUGGGCUGGAGGUGUGCGAUGCUUGGUGUUAAAUUCUCAACUCUACGAAGAUGCUAGCAUGGUAGAAGAACUAAAGAAAGAGCAAGAUGUAUGGCUGGAUGCAGAAUUAGAUGCUGCCAAGUCAUCAGGAUGCAAACAUCUUGUGCUGUUCCAGCAUAUACCAUGGUUUCUAAAUACUCCAGAUGAAGAGAAUGAGUACUUCAAUAUUGAUCAAGAUAUCAGAAUGCCAAUGUUGGACAAGUUUCUUGCAGCAGGUGUGAGUACUAUAUUUUGCGGCCACUACCACCGUAACGCAGGAGGUUCUUAUAAAGGGAUGGAGGAGGUUGUUACCUCGGCGAUGGGCUGCACUCUUUCAGAGAAUACCUCCGUCCUAGAAAUAGGAGAUACACCCUCAGGUCUUCGGGUGGUCAAAGUUCAUGAGAAGAGCAUAUCUCAUCAGUACUACGGCAUGGAUGAUAUUCCAGCUACAAUUGAUCUAGGGCAGGAUAUUUUAUGAGAAGUUAGUCUGUAAAAUAUUGUCUGUCUGGUUCUAGGAGGGCUCCAAUCAGGUAAUAUGUCAAAUGUUAUUAACCCUUUUAGUGCCAUUGGCUGUUUUAAGCGCACAAAUUUUGAAAUUGAAUGUCAUACUUUUGGAGAAAAGUUGUCUGUUUUCUUCAAAUUUUAAUCAGGCUCAUUAAGUGUGGAAUCUUGAAACACUUUUUUAUAAUCAAGAUGGACGGUGAAAAAGUAAUUAUCCCAUGUAAUCCUGCUUAUUGAACAUUGUAUAUGUGUGUUUAUAAACUUGGUGGCACUCUCAGGUUGAAUGGGGUUUACUAGAUAGCUUGUUUGUGAAGACAUGCUGGAUAACCAAUAUAUCUGUAUAUUGUAGUAGAGUAUAAGAAAAGAAAACUAUAAAAUGCAUAUUAAUUGUUGAUAGAGUGGUUUAUACUCAAUGUCAUUGUCUUCCAGGUUUGUAAGACCACAUAAUUGUUGUCGCAAUCUUACACAACAUUGGAAAUACAUUUAUGUCUUCCAAAUUUCCUACUUUUUAAUAUAAAAAUUUGUGAAAUAUUUGAAAAACAUUAAAACAAUAUUCAGAUUUUUUAAGUGUGCACAUUACAUUUAUAAAGUUAUAAUACGUUCCAAUGCAAUGAUUGCUUCUUUAUGUUGUUCACCCCGUGGUCACAAUGGAUUGUCAGUGUUUGCUAUUUAGAUAAUGUAAACAUAGACCUUUAAUGAAAUAUAUUUUUCUCUGCAAGUCACACCUUGUAUGCUGCUUCAGUGAAGUUGUUUUUCUCGGCCCUUGACCACAUUGUCAUGUCAAGGUUACAAAAUAUCCCCAUUUUCACUGGGCAUUCCAUUGAAUUCUCAAGAUUUGGGGGAAAAGUACGUCAUAUUGCUCUUGCUUUGUUUGGAGAGAGGAAUACAAGUAAGUAGACAGUUGUGGAAUAAAGGAGAAGCUUUGUCUGGUUGUGUUUGAAUUAUACGUUGCAGCUGCUACAUGUUUGAUCUUCAGUACAAAUAUUUGAAUAGUGCUUUUAUAUUUAUUCUAUAUAAUACCUCAAGACGUGUACUAUCAUUUCAUUUUAUGCAAAGAAAAUAUGGGGGUAAUAAAUCACAUUGAAAAAAA